GCGCAUCGCAUACAUACUCAAAGUCAUAGCCUUCCUUUAUCUCUUUCCCUUUAUACUCCUUUUUUUUUGUAACAGGCCCCCUUUAUAUCAGCAGAUAUGGCAGCAAAGCUAAUAUCCACCGGUUUUCGUCACACUACUUUGCCAGAAAACUAUGUCCGGCCACUCUCCAACCGUCCAUGUCUCUCCGACGUCUCUCCACUUGAAGAUUUCCCUAUCAUUGAUCUAUCUUCCACAGAACGAUCUCGGCUCGUCCAACAAAUCCACCAAGCUUGCUCCCGAUUUGGAUUUUUUCAGGUCAUAAAUCACAGAGUGAGCAAAGAAACAAUUGACGGAAUGGUAAGUGUUGCUAACGAGUUCUUUAGCAUGUCUAUGGAGGAAAAAAUGAAGUUGUACUCGGACGAUCCAACGAAGACGACGAGAUUAUCAACGAGCUUCAAUGUGAAAAAAGAAGAGGUCAACAAUUGGAGAGACUAUCUUAGACUACAUUGUUAUCCUAUCAGCAAGUAUGUCCAUGAGUGGCCUUCAAAACCUCCUUCUUUCAAGGAAGUUGUGAGUAGAUACAGUACAGAAGUAAGAGAACUAGGAUUUACAAUAGAGGAAUUGAUAUCAGAGAGCCUGGGUUUAGAAAAAGAUCACAUGAGGAAAGUGCUUGGUGAACAAGGUCAACACAUGGCAGUCAAUUAUUACCCUCCAUGUCCUGAGCCUGAGCUCACUUAUGGUUUACCUGCUCAUACCGACCCAAAUGCACUCACCAUUCUUCUCCAAGAUGCUACCGUUUGUGGUCUACAGAUCUUGAUCGACGGUCAGUGGUUCGCCGUUAAUCCUCAUCCUGAUGCUUUUGUCAUCAACAUUGGUGACCAGUUCCAGGCAUUGAGUAACGGAGUAUACAAAAGUGUUUGGCAUCGAGCAGUAACAAACACCGAAAAACCGAGACUAUCGGUCGCAUCAUUUCUGUGCCCAGCUGACUGCGCUGUCAUAAGCCCGGCAAAGCCCUUGUGGGAAGCCGAGGACGACGAGGCUAAGCCAAUAUACAGAGACUACACUUACGCAGAGUACUACAAGAAGUUUUGGAGUAGGAAUCUGGACCAAGAACAUUGCCUUGAGAACUUUCUAAACCACUAGAGACUACACAUACAUAUAUGUCUGUCUUUGUAUGUGUAGUUGCAGGCCCGCCCCCGGGAAGAAGCUAAAGAUGCAUGGGCUUCCUGCCUUCGAUAUUAUAAAAUAUUUUCGGCCCCAAAGUUUGCAAAAUGUUUCUUAGUCUAGCGGUCUAAGUGGGGCUGUUUUUUGCUCAAUAUCUUCGAAUGGCAAGCUUCAUUUUUCAGCCUUCUUUUCUUGUUAGAUUCUGGUCUUAUCGAAGCAUGCUUAUAUAUUUCUUACCCAUCUUUCAGUUGACUUAUGACAUCAAUAAUAAUAAUAUAAUAAUUUAUCAGUUA